UAAAACCUUAAAGAAGAAGACGAGUGAACGAGUCUGGCUGCAGCAUGGGAAAAUAUGGCGAGACUGGAGUGUCCUCUCCAGGGCGCAAGCCUGGGCAAAGUGUAUGGAGUCCUUGUGCUGACCAGACAACAGGGUCUCCCUCUUGGCCACUUCGACGUGAUCCAAAGGAAUGCAGAGAAUUACAUUUGGAGCCAAAGUGGCUGCAGGAGCUGCCGGAAGGUAGUCAAAGAUGUCAUGAGCAGCCGGGCAGGAGGAAUGAUUCCAUACCGGAGUCCCAUAGCUCGGAGCUGCCAUCUUGCCUCAUCAGACUCCUUCUGCUUCUUGUGAACACCUGCUGCCAAGUCCUGUUCAGAAACUUCAUCAGUGUUCUGGGUGAAGAUGUGUUCUUGGCCCGAUUCUGUGUGCCCUCUCCAAGGUUAGGUUUGUGCUCCCCGGUGCCAGCUCCAGUGCAUCCGGCAGCCAGCACUCGAGAAAGGUGCCUGUCAUGGUUCAAUGGCUCAGGAAUGGGUUUUGCGCUGGAUUACCCCUCCAUCAGUCUGCAUGCCAUCUCCCGAGACCUGAGUGCUUAUCCACAGGAGCAUCUGUACGUGAUGGUCAACAAAAAACUGAAUGAUGAAAAUGAGGCUGAGAUGCCAGAGAAAGCUCCAGAUGAUGAAGGUGAAGAGGAGAGUGACAACGAUGAAGAUGAGAUCAUCACAGAGAUCCGAUUUGUACCCAGUGAUAAAGCAGCUUUGGAAUCCAUGUUUUCUGCCAUGUGUGACUGCCAGGCGUUGCACCCUGACCCCGAGGAUGCAGACUCUGACAACGAGGAGUUUGAAGGAGAGGAAUUUGAAGAGGAAGAGGAGGAGACUGGCCAGGGUGACGUACCCACCUUUUACACAUAUGAAGAGGGUUUGUCGCAUCUGACUGCAGAGGGCCAGGCCACGCUGCAAAGACUCGAAGGGAUGCUUGCUCAGUCUGUCAUGCAACAAUUUCACAUGGCCGGAGUUCGCACUGAUGAACCAUCGGCUGAGUUUGAAGAUGGAAUGGAGGUCGAUCCGAAUACUGCAGUAGCUGGACAGUUUGACGAUGCUGAUGUUGAUCACUGAUGCAGUAUACUUCAUUGCUACUACCUUAAAGCACUUCAGAGGGAUCGGAGUGGCCAGGAUUUGUUCAGCAAGCAGUUUUCUCCAGUCUGCUCCCUACGUUAAGUGGAACUGCUGGAUUUCAACACAGGAUUUCCUAAUGCCAGCAUCAUUUCUGUGUUAUGUUUUGUAUUUUUCCUUCAGAGCAAAUUACAAGUGCUCUCUGGAAGCAAGUCAUUUGUAUGAAAUGUCAUGAAAUAAAAGACCUCCCCCCCCCCCUUUGCAUAAA